AUGCUGUCCAGUCAGAUCCUGGUGGGCUCAGUGGACUGUCAGCGCUUCCAGGUGUUGUGUCAGAGUCAAGGUGUGAGGGCGUACCCUGAAAUACGCCUGUACAGCACCAAGCAGCCGGAGCGUUACACGACUUAUAAUGGUUGGCACAGAGACGCACAUUCACUCAGAUCCUGGGCGCUCAGCGCUUUGCCUCGAGCAUCUGUGGAUCUGACUCCAGACACCUUCAGGUCUCAGGUUCUGUCUGGUCGGGGUCACUGGGUUUUGGACUUUUAUGCCCCCUGGUGUGGACCCUGUCAGCACUUUGCCCCUGAGUUUGAGGUCCUUGCUCGGAUGCUCAAAGGAACGGUCCGAUCAGGGAAGAUGGACUGUCAGGUUCAUUAUCAGACCUGUCAGAGCGCUGGAGUCACUGCAUACCCUACAGUCAGGUUUUACCCUGACCUGGGAGCAAACAGGCAUGAACACAGCGGUGAGCCCAUCAAUAGCCGGGAUGCAAAUGCGAUUGCUGACAUCAUCAGACAUCGACUGGAGCAGCUGUCACCACGGUUACACAGCACACCAAAGGAUGAGCUCUGAUGGAGGAGGCUGCUGUGAAAAACACAACCAACCUGACUGGUUUGAUCUGUUGCCCAGACUCCAGGAGGACUCCAGGAGGACUCCAGGAGGACUCCAGGAGGACUCCAGGAGGACUCCAGGAGGACUCCAG